GCGGCGUGAACGCGCCCGGCUCGUGCCCGCGGGCGCGGCGCUGCCCGGCUCGGCUCGGCGCGGCUCGGCACGGCCCCGCCAUGGACGGGGGCGCCUUCGGAGCGGGGAAAGCCGGCGGCGCCUUCGACCCGCAGGCCUUCCUCCGGCAGCCGCACACCUUGCUGCGGCUCCUCUCCUGGGUGUUCUCCAUCGUGGUGUUUGGCUCCAUCGUCAAUGAAGGGUACGUGAACCGCGUGGACGACUCGCAGGAGCACUGCAUUUUCAACCGCAACCGCAACGCCUGCAACUAUGGCAUCACCGUGGGCGUCCUCGCCUUCCUCAGCUGCCUUCUCUACCUGGCUCUGGAUGCCUACUUCCCGCAGAUCAGCAGCGUCAAGGACCGCAAGAAGGCAGUGCUCUCCGACAUCGGUGUCUCGGCCUUUUGGGCAUUCCUGUGGUUCGUUGGCUUCUGCUUUCUGACCAACCAGUGGCAAGCUUCCAAAGCAGAGGACAACCCGAUGAACGAGGGAGGGGAUGCAGCCCGAGCAGCCAUCACCUUCUCCUUCUUCUCCAUCUUCACCUGGGUGGGCCAGGCGUUCCUGGCGUAUCAGCGCUUCCGGCUGGGCGCCGACUCGGCCCUCUUCUCCCAGGACUACAUGGACCCCAGCCAGGACUCCGGCAUGCCUUACGCUCCCUACACGAACGAGGAGGAUGCUACGGACGCGGUGGGGACGUACCAGCAGCCUCCUCCGGCAGAUGCUUUCGACACCGAGACACAGGGGUACCAAACGCAGAACUACUGAGCCGCCGAUGCCCCUUCCCCGGCCCCUUUCCCUUCUGCCCCCUUUCCCACUGCCGGCAGCAAGCCGAGGCACAAACCAGACACGUGCGUAGCGGCACAAGAGGUGGCUCUCAGCUAUGCUCCAGCCUUCUGGGUCAUCUGUUUUUAUUUAUUGUAUUAUUUUUUUUUUUAAAGAAAAAGGGUUCCCCAUCGCCUCUUCCCUCUCCUCCCCCCAGAACUACCGGCCAGCACCAACACGUCCCAAAAUCUGUCACCGAGGCAGGUCCCCCCCUUUGCUCCUCUCCCUCCUUCAGUGGGGCAGGGGGGAAGGAUGCUGGGGGUGGAAGGGAAGAGGUGUUCCUAGGCGAGGCGAUGCUGCUCCAUGCUGCAGGAGAUGCGGGAGCAUCCGAAUUGGGCCCGAGGGCCUGUUGGCUCAGGGAGGGGAGGGUGGAAGGGGGGGCAGGCUGAGAGCUGGCAUGCAGGCGUGCGAGGGUGGAGGGGGGGCUGCAUGGAGGGGCGAGGGUGCCCUUCCAUUUGAGUGGGGAAAUGCUUUAUUUUCAGAGGGUUCGGGGGGGAGCGGGAGAGGGGAGGGAGCGCAAAGAGAGAAAACGGGAAGGGCAAGAGGAAUAUUUGCGGGUACAAUCCAAAAAAAAUGCAGCUUUUUGUAGAUUUUGCUGUUGAUGAAAGCAAGGCUUGAGAGAGCAGAGCAGAGGGGCAGUGCCGUGAGAGCUGCUCCUUCCCUUUGGGUUAAGGUGGAGGUGUGUUUCCCCUCAUCUGUUUGCCGUUUCACCUGGGCAGGAGGAGGAGAAGGAAGCCAGUUUCAUUCCCUGGGUGCUGCUGCAGCCUCCUCCCUUCCUCUGGCACCACCUCGAGCACAGGGGAAUGGAGCAGGACCCCCUAGAAAGAAACGUGGCUGCUGUCACACUGGGGGGUCACCGAGCAGUGGAGGGUCUUCCUCCAUCCUUGCAAAGUUGGUUUGUGCCAGACCGGGCUCUCUGAAGGCUGCUCCUGCUGUAUUUUGCAUUUAUUAUACCUUCGUGCUCCUUCUGCAGCAUCUGGUAAGUCUUUAAAGCCUCACCUAGGUGGCAGUAGUGCCUCUCGGAUAGAGCUCGUAGGGACAGUACUCCACACUCCUCAUGAUUUUGCUUCAAGUCAAGACACAGCUCCGGAAGCAGGCUGUUUAUUCCGGGAUAAAAUUAAUGUCUGUGCCUAAAGGGAAAUAACCGAGCAAUAGCCCGACGGGCAGUUUUCUGCACAGACCUCUCAGAGCACAAGUAAUGGGGUAUGUCCUGAGGAGCUCUAUCCCCUGAGCAGCCACCGUGGUCCAUGCAACGUUGACCCAUGUAGCAGAGAUCAGGAGCAGCUCUAGCAUCAAGCAGCUCUAGCAUCUACAGGUGCUUCACCUGAGCGUUUGGCCCAUUCCCUGUAGCAUCCCUUGGAGCCAAGAGGAUGGGACGCGGGCACGGCCUGUGGUUGUGCAAACAUCUCAUCUGGAGGACGCUGAGCCUUCCUUCACCCACAUCACCAGUCCUCCUAGCACUGCUCUCCAGCUGCCCCACAGCGGUAGAGAAGGGGGAGACAAUGUUGAGUUGCAGACCCCAAGAGGGAAGGGGGCACGGUUUCUGCCUGCUCCUACCAGCUUUCAGGAGCUGCUAGACCUCCGCAGGGGUGAGAGGCAAGCCUGUCACUUGCAGCCCCGUGCUGCUGGCUGCUAUCCCCACGGCUUGCCCUCCCUUGCUGGUGGUUGCUGAUGAAAGGGGAACCAACGAAGCCUGUAGACAUGCAAGGAGGGCCUGGGCAAACGUCCUGUGCUCCGUGGCUGCGAGCGAAAGCAAUACUGUACAUAGGAGGGGUAUUUUUCAGAGGGAAGCCCCUCGGGCUUCUUUUAUUUUCUGUGGGAUCAGCCUAAUAUUUAGGCUUGGGAGGGGGUUACUUUAUUGAGAGAGAUUCGUUAUGACUGUGGCUGUGGGGGGGAGCUCCCUCCAGUCCAUCUCUCCUAAGGGGGGAGUGGAAUGAGAGAAUAACGAGGUGGAGGAGGAGAAAAACUCGUUGUACUCACCCAGACUCAUCCAUGUCACCCUUCAUGCUUUCAUUUUGGGUGUUUGGGGGAAGCCAAGGGGGAGAGGAGGCGGCGGCUAUAAAUAAUCAACCCUCGGCAUAAAAAUACGUUGUCCGUUCUGGAAGGAAUCGCCCAUUACCUGCCCCAUCUCAUCAGGGAGGGGGCGAGGGACCAGGUGCAUGAGGUACAGGCCAUAUGUCGGGGCGGUCUACCUGGGGACCUGUUUUAGGGCGUAGCAUGGCCCUACCCCCAUCAGAGCUACAUAGAUGGCUAAACAUCAUGCGGGGGUGACUCACGAGACAGCUUUCCUUUAUCGUCUUUGGCUCGCCUCCCUUGUAACCAUCUGAUGGCCUCCAGUGGGUUUGAGGUGGGACAAGCCUCCCCCUCAAAAUGCAACUUCCAGUGGCAUGCGGCCAUCUCUGGAGAUGGCCCUACCCAAGGGGUUGUUUAUCUUAUCUUAGGCGCUCCUGAUAAGGUGCUUCCUGUUUCUGGUGAUCGUAGGCAAGGCCCGGGCAGCUGGCUGGAACAUGGCCCUUUUAGCUCCUCAACUUUGGUGAGAUCAGUCCCACUCUGGGGAUUAGGAGAUCAGAGGGAAGGCUACAUAAGCAAAAUGGUAAGAAGGCUUUCUUGCCGCCAUGCCAUUUGUCUGGAUUACGGAGGAUUACGGAUCCCCUGCUGGGCGCAACGGCCCAUUGAUGUCUUAUCUUACAAAGCCUCCAAGUAAGGGACUUCCAUGAAAGCAGGGGCUGUGACGGGCAAAGGAAUGAGGAACCUUUGCCCCACCUCUACCUGUGGCUUCAACCUCUGGACACGUCCCCAUGCCCCGUUCUCCCCUGUCCCCAGCACCCAGUCCAUCACCUCAUUGCACCCCCUUCCCCUCCGCGUUAUUCCUGGCAGUUCCCUCAGGGGAGGAGGGCAUUUGUGUCCCCACAGCCUCGCGAGCACUUGGGAGGCCCCGGGAAGGCAGCGUAGCGGGAUGGCCUCCACAGGAGGCUCGGCUCUGGUCCCCAGAGCGGGUGCGAGGCAAGGAGCCCAGCGAGGCCACCUCGCGCCGUGAGUCCAAACCAUCCAUCCAAACAACUCCCCGUGGCACCCGUAACGCCACCUGGGCUGCCCUGCCCCUUCCCCUGACACAUUACUGCCUGUGUAUAGUAUAUAUAUUAUAUAUAUAUAUUUCAAAGGAUGUAUAAUAUAAAGCUAUACAUAUAUACGUAUAUACGAUGACUCGCGGAUGGCCUGCUGCAUACAGGAUCCCCUGAGUGGUCUUGUCUAAGCCCGAGUGUCCCUUCACCCCUCCUCCCCGCGCCCCUGUCCGUCCUCAAACCCCACUACAGCGACCCCCGCCACCUCGGCACCUGUGUUUACAAUGUCCUAUAUAUUUGUGGUUAACAAAGUGAAGGUGGUAACUACUGGUGUCUCAAUAAAGUUACGACAUUCAAAAUAACCAAACUAUGUGAAAAA